UCGGUAUGCAGCGACCAGGCCGCACCGCCGACGCGGUCAAGCUCGAGAAGCGUUUGUACCACCGCGAGAAGCAGCGCAUGUACCGCCAGCAAGAGGCCGACGAGGUCCAGUUCUUGAAAAGCCGGGUUCGAGAGCUCGAGGCGGCGAUCGCACAGCACGCGCAGCAAAAAGCGCUUCGCACGCUGCCUUGGCGCGAGGUUGCGACAGGCCUCGCCGACGAAGCGCAGGUGGCCAUGCAUCAGACUCGCCUGCUCAAGUCGCAGAAGGCCGUGUACAAGGAGCUUGCGCAGCGCAUGUCGACGUGGGUCGCGAAAAAUCUGCGUGGCAUCGAGAAAUCGCUCGACCCGUCGCGGCCGUCGUGGCGCAACUCGACGCUCUUAAAGGAGCCCGAAGCGCGCAAGCUCGGCUUUGACUGGAUCUCGCAGCAGCUGUACCACAACGUGGACCGGGUCCUUGCCGACUGCGGCUUUCCACCGCCCACGGAGCACACGUCGUUUGACGAGUUUGCAGUGCGCGAGACGGCGGACGAUACGUUUCAAUACAUGUGGCGCCACCAGUUGUAUGUGCCCGUGUCGCUGGACGUGGCCAUCGCGAGUGCCCGCAAGUCGAUCUACUACUACCUCUCGGGCGUCGUCUGGUCGCCAGGCAACGGCAAGUUUAUCGAUUCGGACAUGCUCAAAGAAGUGAGCCCCACGAUGCUGUACAGCCACACGGUGGUGAGCGAGGACGAGUCCGUGAAUUUGAUGUGGCGCGAGUUUCCCGUCCGCGACAACCGCUGCGUCAUGGUGAGCCAAAACAUCCACGACGACGAGACGCUUCCAGUAAUCAACCGUCAGUGCAAUCGCCAGUUCUGGGUCACGAUGGAGGCGGUGGACGAGACCCACACCAAGGUUCGCGUCUUGUACGUCAACUCGCAGUUUUCAAAAAAGACGGCUACGUGUCGAUCCACGAAGAGGCUGCGUGCUGGGGGCUUCUGGACCUUCCGACCGACGCAACGGACGAUCAGCUCUCGCAUCGCUUCAAGCGCCAUGCGACAGUGGCCGGUCAGCAAUUUCUCCAGUUUAGCCUGCAAACCUUUAGCGGCAAAGUCUAACCGCAGCGUUUGCUCGAUUCUUGUCGGACGACGAUAAUGUGUAGUUAAAGCGUGAAUGCAAAGAGAG